UAGAUAAUCGUGCUAUUGAUACAUCAACACAAUAAAGUAAAUUCUAAAGACGAUUGGAAACUUAUAUAGGCUGCUUUAUAUCGUUAUAUUUUUUAAUUUUUUAAUUCUAUCAAUAUUUUUUGAAUGACCAGUAACAAAAUAAUUAAAAUACAAUAUUUCCAUUUUCAUUUAUUUUUACAAUUUUUUCAAGCUAACACUGUUAUAUUUCUUGAAGUUUUUUCUCGGUUAUUUUCACUCUAUUGUUUAAGAAAACCACUAAAAACGUUGAAAAAUCUCAUCUUCAAAGUAUCAUCUAGGUAAUUUCCUAAUCCACACAUAUAGAUAGGUACAGAAUUUUCGAAUUAUUAAGUAAAUAUAUCCAACUUCAUAAAAAAUAUUUUUAAUUAUUUACUACUAAAAACUAAAAAGUACUUAGGUAUGGUAUAUGAAUGUCCUAUCUAUAUUUCAUGUUUAUAUUAUCAGAUUAUUUACGAGUAUAUACCUAGAAAGUCAAAGUCAUUGAGUAAAUCGCUGCAAUGUAUUUAAGUAAUAAGUAUUAGGUGUUAAAUUUGAAAUUUUAAGUCAAUGAUAAAUCACUGCGCAACUAGUGUAAAUUUUUUGGAAGGGCUAGAAUUUUAUAAGCAGCACAGACCCGCUAACUAAUAUACCGGCUGGUUAGUAACAAUACACAAAUAAAUUCAUAUACAACUAAGUAAUCAAUUAAAGUUUAAACAAUUUUAAUUAAAAUUAUAAAUAAUUAUAAAUCACGAGACAUUUUUAAUUCAUAUUUUACUCAAAUACAAAAUGUACAUAUAAAGUUUUUUUUUUUUUUUUUUUAACCAUCUUUUUUAUUGAACAAAACAUAAUAAUUACAAUCUGUAUUUACAGGUUAUACAAUAAGUAAAUGUGAUGGAAAUUGAUUUACAGGAGGGGGAAGUUGCCCAUUGGCGACACCCCGAAAUAUAAAGUUAUACAACCAUAUAAGAUUAUAUCAAAUCAAUACUAAUUUUCUAUUAGUUGCUGAAAAUGUAUCAAUAAUUGUUUUUGUGUCAAACCUAUUAGUUACAUAUCUUUCGAUAUUAUAUAUCAUAUUAAUACAUUUGAGAAUCGUUCUUGUCUCAUUGUUAUUCUCUGAAAAAGUGACAAGCUUUUAAUCGCCACAUUGAAGAAAAUUAAUGUUUGUUAAGUUGCGCAACUAACAGACUUUGGUGAAUAUGGCUUGUACCAAAAACGGUUGAUCUGGUUGGUCGUUUUACCAUGUGUUUUGCCAUGUGGAUUUCAUGCUUAUAAUCAACUAUUCAUGGCUUCCAUUCCCGAACAUUGGUGUAAAGAUGAAGAACAUAUUAAUCAUACAUCUAAAAUUAAUCAGUGUUUGGAUUCAAUGAAUAACACGUGCAAAUUCUGGGAUUAUGACCACAGUCGAUAUUUGUCUACAAUUGUGACUGAAUGGGAUUUAGUAUGUUCAAAACAGUUUUAUCCAACUUUUGCCUUAACAAUAUUUGGUCUCAGUGGUUUAUUUGGUAUGUUGCUAUUUGGAUUUAUUCAAGAUGGACUUGGGAGACGACCAGCGUUUUUCAUUUAUCUAUUUAUCGAGUGUAUAUUUGGUAUAGCUACUGCAUUUGCCAAUGAUUUUUGGACAUGGUUAAUCUUCAGAAUCGGAGUAGGAUUUACUGUACCAGCAAUUUUAGCAACUCCUAAUGUGCUCCCUAUAGAAUUUGUUGGCCCAGCUCAUCGGACUACAUGUAUUCUACUUACCAACAUUGCUCAUUCCAUCGGUAUGGUUAUUUUAUCAUUAGUCUUGUAUGCUUUUCGCGAUUGGCGUCAACUUGCUUUAGCUACAUCUUUACCAUUUACUGUUUAUUUCCUUUACUGGUGGAGUUUCCCCGAAUCUCCAAGAUGGCUUUUGGCAUGCGGAAAGUUUGAAAAAGCCAAAUCAAUUUUAUUAAAAAUGGCAAAAGUAAAUGGAAAAGAUAUUUCUUUGCAUUAUAUGGACCAAUUAAAGAUUAAGUAUGAAGAGGAAUUUAAUAAUCAAAAAAGUAAAACAAUCAAGAAAUAUAACGUAUUUCAUCUAUUUAGGACACCGAAUUUACGUUUGAAAACAAUAGCAAUAACUUUUAUAUGGUUUGUUAACACUACUGUUUAUGUUGGACUUUCUUAUUAUGCACCAGCUCUAAGUUCUGAUGAACAUUUAAACUUUUUUUUGGCCGGAGCUGUUGAAUUACCCACAUACAUAAUAUUAUGGCCUGCGAUGGAAAAAUUUGGCAGAAAAAGUUUACUGCAUAUCAGUAUGUUGAUUGGAGGGUGUGCUUGUUUAGCUGCUACGUUUCCCAUUCUAGGUGAUCAGUGGACCUUAAUAAUGUUUUGUAUCGGAAAAAUGGGAAUUUCGUCGUCUUAUGUUAUUCUUUCUUUAUUUGCUCCAGAAUUAUAUCCAACUGUAGUUAGAGGUUUGGGAAUAAGCGUUAGUUCAGUAGCCGGUAUGAUCGGGCCUGUUGGACUUCCUGUCAUUAAUUAUGUGGGAAUGGGUUCUCAAUUAUCACUCAUUGUAAUGGGCGUCUUGCAAAUAAUUGGUGCUUUUGUUACACUUAUUUUACCAGAAACGAAAGAUUGUCAUUUGCCACAAACAUUGGAUGACGGAGAAGAAUACAAGUGAUAAGUAAUAAAUAAUCACAUUUCAGUUUAUUUAUGAACAUAAUAAUAUGUACAUUUUCAAUUCUUAACGAGGCGUGCCUAAUUUACAAUUUUAUCAAGUUGUAUAUUCUAUUAUAUUAUUUAAAACAGAGCCUUUUUAUACUUUAUAAUAAAUUAUAAAUAUAAUAUACUUAUACAGUA